AUGGAUGACAAGGGGUCGGUGGGGAAGAUCAGCCUCUCCUCAGACUCUGUGUCCACGCUCAACAGCGAGGACUUUGUCCUGGUGUCCCGGCUGGGCGACGACCACACACCCUCGUCGUCCACCAACAACGGUAGCGAUGACGAGAAGCCCGGACUGAAGAUCGUGGGUAACGGCAGUGAGCAGCAGCUCCAGAAGGAACUGGAGGAUGUGCUGAUGGAGCCGUCGCUGGCCGGGGUCAUCGCCGCGGUGGUGGCAAAGCCCGCCCCGGACCAGGCCGGACGUGUCCAGUCCUCCGGGGACCGGGACCAGGCCAUCGAGGACCAGGCCAUCGGGGAUCAGGCCAGCAGGGACCAGGACCAGGCCAGCCAGCGUGGACCAGGUCGGCGGGGCGAGCGAGGGCUCCCCAUGGCCGUGCUGCCUGGGAUGGAUCCGCUCAGUGCACCCCCGUCCACGGUGGACUUGGUCUUGCCCGUACAGGGGUCCCAGGAGAGCGAGCUCAACGAGCGGUCCUACAGGGCGGACGAGUCGUCCCCCGAGUCCGGCCCCGGGACCCCCUUCCCAGACGAGGACAGCGUGGUGUUCAGUCAGCUGACCUACCUGGGCUGCGCCUCGGUCAACGCGCCCCGCAGCGAGGUGGAGGCCCUGCGCAUGAUGAGCAUCCUGCGGGGCCAGUGCAACCUGCCCCUGGACGUGGUGCUGUCCGUGCCAGGGGUCUCCGAGGGCACCGUCAGGUUGCUAGACCCCGUCACCAGCACAGAGAUCGCCAACUACCCGAUCUACAAGAUCCUGUUCUGCGUGCGCGGCCACGACGGCACCACGGAGAGCGACUGCUUUGCCUUCACCGAGAGCCACUUCAACUCUGAGAUCUUCAGGAUCCACGUCUUCCGCUGCCAGAUCCCAGAAGCGGUGAGCUCCAAGUGUUGA